AUGUCUUCCGCGACCAGUUUCUAUGACUUUGAGCCCGUCGACAAGAAGGGCGAGCCCUUUCCCCUUGCGCCUCUGAAGGGUAAGGUUGUCCUCGUCGUCAACACCGCCUCCAAGUGCGGUUUCACGCCCCAAUUCGAAGGCCUCGAGAAGCUCUACAAGAAGCUCAAGGAGCGCUACCCUGAAGACUUCACCAUCCUUGGUUUCCCCUGCAAUCAAUUCAACAGCCAGGACCCUGGCUCCAACGACGAAAUUCAGUCCUUCUGCCAGCUCAACUACGGCGUCACCUUCCCCGUCCUCGGAAAGCUCGACGUGAACGGCGAACACGCCGCCCCCGUGUUCACCUGGCUGAAGGAACAGAUGCCUGGUAUCAUGGGCAUCAAGUCCGUCAAGUGGAACUUCGAGAAGUUCCUUGUUGGCGCUGAUGGAAAGGUCGUCUCCCGCCACUCUUCUCUCACCAAGCCGGAGUCUCUCGAGGACUCGAUUGUCAAGGAGAUCGAGAAGGCUAGGAAGGCUAAGGGUGCAGAGGCUUAA